AUGGCCGUCCAAAACCCCAUCCUACCCGUCAAGGGCAAGCGAAACACACUCAUCACCAGCGCUCUACCCUAUGUCAACAAUGUGCCUCACCUGGGCAACGUCGUGGGUAGCGUGCUGAGCGCCGACGUCUACGCUCGCUUCAGCAAGCUGCGCGACCGGCCGACGCUCUACAUCUGUGGCACUGACGAGUACGGCACGGCCACGGAGACCAAGGCGCUCGAGACGGGCCAGACGCCACAGGCGCUGUGUGACGAGUUCCACGUCAAGCACAAGGAGGUGUACGACUGGUUCGAGAUUGGCUUCGACUACUUUGGCCGCACCACGACGCAAAAGCAGACAGAGAUUGUCCAGGACAUCUUCCUCAAGCUACACGAACGCGGCUUCCUCGAGGAACGCACCACGACGCAGCCCUUUUGCGAGAAGCACGACGGCUACCUUGCCGACCGCUUCGUUGAGGGCACCUGUCCCAAGUGCGCCUACGACGACGCCCGCGGCGACCAAUGCGACAAGUGCGGCGGCCUGCUCGACCCCUUUGACCUCAUCAACCCGCGCUGCAAACUCGACGGCGCCCAGCCCAUCCCCCGCGACACAAAGCACAUCUUCCUCAAGCUCGACCAGCUGCAGCCCGACAUUGACAAGUGGUUCCAGGAGGCCCACCGCAAGUACGGCUGGCCGCAAAACGGCAUCGGCAUCACGCAGUCGUGGCUCACAAAGGGCCUCGAGGGCCGCAGCAUCACCAGAGACCUCAAGUGGGGGGUGCCCAUCCCGCUACCCGGUUUCGAGAAAAAAGUCAUAUACGUCUGGUUCGACGCCUGCAUCGGCUACCCGUCCAUCACGGCCAACUACACGGACGAGUGGGAGCAAUGGUGGAAGAACCCGGACGAGGUGAAGCUCUACCAGUUCAUGGGCAAGGACAACGUUCCCUUUCACACGGUCAUCUUCCCGGGCUCCGAGAUCGGCACUGGCUACAACUGGACCAUGCUCAACCACCUGUCGACGACCGAGUACCUCAACUACGAGAACGGCAAGUUUUCCAAGUCGAGGGGCGUCGGCGUCUUUGGCAACCAGGUCAAGGACAUUGGCAUCUCGCCGUCGGUGUGGAGAUACUACCUCUUAUCUAACCGGCCGGAGACGGGCGACACACAGUUUGAGUGGUCGUUGUUUGCCCAGGCCAACAACAGCGAGCUGCUGGCCAACUUUGGCAACUUUGUCAACCGCAUUGUCAAGUUUGUCAACGCCAAGUGCGAUAGCACCGUGCCUGAAUUCUCCGCCUCGCACAAGGACGAGACGUUUGACUUUGCCGCCUGGAUCGCGCGUGUCAACGGCCUACUGGCCGAGUAUGUCGACCUCCUGGAGCGCGUGCACCUGCGAGCAGGCGUUAAGAAGCUCAUGGAGAUAAGCACCGAAGGUAACACGCUGCUGCAGUACCGCCUGGACAACACCAACCUGGUGGAGAAGCCAGAGCGGACCAAGACGGUUAUUGGGCUGGCGCUGAACCUGUGCCACCUGCUGGCGUCGCUCGCGUCGCCGUAUAUGCCGUCGACGGCCGAGGCCAUCUGCACGCAGCUCAACACGACGCUUGGCCUUAUCCCAGACAGCUGGGCGCCCGAGACGCUCCGAGGCGGACACAAGAUUGGAAAGGCUGCCCAUCUCUUCUCGAGAAUAGAGGACAAGAAGGUGGCCGAAUGGAAGCAAAACUUUGGCGGCUCGGCCGAGUCGCGGGCGGCGGAGGAGGAGGUCAAGAGGAGGAAGCAGGAGGAGAAGGAGAGGAAGAAGGCCAGGAAGGCAGCCAAGGCGGCGGAGGCGGCCAAGGCGGCUGCUCUCGAGGAAGGUGAGGUAGACGAGGCCGGCGCCCUCGAGGCCAAGGCGCAGGACGAGGCGUCGGCGGCUGGCGGCAUGACUGCGUCGUCAGCAGAGGUGACCAAGGAUCUGCCCAUUCGAGGCAAGCAGCCAGGCCAGUAG